ACGAGGGACGAACGGGUGCCGCCUUAACCUUUUACUUGCCAAUGUUCCAAAAUUGGAACAUACGAAACCUCAUUUUUUAUUUCCUAUCCAAUAUAUCGGAUAAUAAAAUUAUUUGUUUUCACAUACUCAUUGAUGCUUGUGAAAAACGUAGCAAUUUUAAUUUCUAUUAUGAACCUACGGUGAAUUAUUAGAUAAAUGUUUAAAAACAGGCAUAUUUUGCGCUCCUUGACCACCAGAUGUUUGUUGCAUUAUUCCGCAGGAAAAAGUAAUGUUGCAGUGAGCAAAGCAGAACUAAAAUAUCGGCAAAUGGUUCGGGAUUACGCGGCAAAAAAUAAAAAAAUAACAAAGACAAUCUAGUUUUCAGCUUCGAGAGUUUUAUGCGGAUGUUCCUUUUUUGGAACAUUGGCGUUUCACAGUGUCAAAAGCAGCGUAGACGCGCGCGAGCGUUUCGCCUCGUUCUUUUUCUUUUUUUUUUUUUGGCUUGUUGAUGGCGCCCUCUAGGCGGCGCUUGGCAGAAACUUGAACAUUAGCUUUCCUGGGCGUCAUUUUGAGUUUGCCAGGCACGUGGAAAGAGCAGCAUUGAACUGCAGCGCCUAGCCGCAUCAAUCUCUGUGGAUGUCAUGGCACAACGCUUCCUCACUUUGGAGGCAGCAAUUGACCUUUUGUUCAGCCUUCCCGAUGACGAACGCGAAGGUGCGUCUGUAUGCCAAUUGCCGCCUCUUGAAGAUGGCAAUAUUACUGACGAGGAGCACGUGAACGAAAACGACUUUUCUGAAGUUGUUCCCGAUGAUGUUUGUGGGCACGUUGAAGUUAUGCAGUGCAGCGAUGAAGACGUUGAUUCGCCUUCUGCAUCUUCGAGCCCUGAGCCACGACGAAAGAAGCCAGCGGGGCGGCAAUUCACUGCUGGAAAAGGACGCAAGGCUUCAACGAAGGCUCGGAAAACAAAUACUCCAAAGCGCUCCCAUACACCAGUAUGGGGUGACCGUGCCACGUUUGACAAAACACUUCCCAGCGAGAGUCCUCCGUUGUUGCUAGAGGCAUUUCCUGAGCUUGCAAACAUGAGCCCGUUUAUGCUGUUCAGCAAAUUUAUUUCUCCGGAGUAUCUUGGUUCACUGGCUGAACUGACUGCAAGAUACGCACUCCAAAAGGGGGAGGAGGUGGACGUCACAGGAGCGGACAUAGGUCAGUUUUUCGGCCUCUUACUUUUCAGCGGAUACCACUCCGUUCCGUCUGAGGACUCGUAUUGGAGCACUGCAGAAGAUCUUUGUGUGCCUAUAGUCGCGACAGUGAUGGCCCGCAAUAGGUUCCGGCAGCUGAAAAGGUUCUUCCAUGUUGUUGACAACACUCAGUUGAAAGCAGGCGAAAAGAAGGGCAAGAUUCAGCCGUUUUACAACGAAAUCUCCAAAUGUUUCCGCCAGUUUGGAGUGUUCAAUGAAAGCCUCAGCAUCGACGAGUCAAUGGUGCCCUAUUAUGGCCACCACUCGUGCAAAAUGUUCAUUCGGGGUAAACCCAUUCGAUUUGGGUACAAAAUAUGGAUGAUGUGCUCUACGAAUGGGUACCCCUAUGCAAUGGAAAUAUAUUGUGGGAGGAACGAGAAGGACGACAAGACACCUCUCGGGAUCAGGGUUGUCAGCAAUAUGGUAUCGGUCCUGGAAGCGCCUGAACAGCACGAAGUCUACUUUGACAACUUCUUCACUUCGCACGGCCUCUUGACGAAACUGGCUGACCAGGGGAUUCGAGCGACAGGGACUGUGCGAGAUACAAGAACCGGUGGUUGUCCACUGAAGAGCUUGAAAAGCAUCGGAAAGGAAGAAAGAGGAUCUUUCCACUACAAGUGUGACGGGGCGGUCUACGCAUGCAGGUGGAACGACAAUGCAGUCGUCACAGUUUCUUCUAACCACCUCAACCACGAGCCUGUUGGAAGUGCGAAACGCUUCUCACGACGCUCGAACAAAAAGGUGGACAUUCGUCAGCCAUAUUUGAUCAAAAAAUACAAUGAGGGCAUGGGAGGAGUAGAUGUGAUGGACCGCCUCCUGGGAAGCUAUCGGCCGAGACUGAGGAGCAAAAAAUGGUGGUGGAACCUUUUCAGCAAUGGUUUGAACAUGGCUGUCGUCGCAGGAUGGCUCCUCCACUGCGAGCUUCACAGGGGUAGUGAUGCCGCCAUGACGCACAUCGCCUUUCGGCGGGACGUCACCAUGUCCUUGCUGCAGCUGAAGCCGAAACUCACUGUGAGACCUGGACCUCGGGUUCAUCCGAGACAUGAGGACAGAAAAACUGAUGGUCACUACAUGAUCUCAACGACUCAGGGAAGGUGCGCGGAAUGCAAGAAGAAUACAACGAAUCAGUGCCAGCAGUGCAAAAAGCGGCUGCACAAGAAAUGCUUUGCCGCUUACCACGGUUUGUGAAUUGCUCACUGUAGUACAGCCAGUAGUAUGAAAGAAGAAAUUUUCGUGAAGUGUUGUUAUAAAUAUUUAUACUUUUCAGAGACAUCGUAUGACGCUAAAUAUUAUUCUUCAGUUAUCCUGAGUAAGGAAACCCGACUGAAAAGUCAAUAAAGGUUGUUCCAGAGAAAA